AUGAGCCAUGACGAUGAUAUUGAACUUAGAAUUGUACAAGAGGAAGAUCGCGAAGCAAUUUUAGAAGUUUUACGGAAAUUCUUUUUCAAAGAUGAACCAUUAACCGGUUUCACCGAACCUAUGGGAGUGGCCUCAGUUACCGAGGAGGAAUAUGUUCUAAAUCAAAUUAAAUAUGGCACCAGUGUUAUGGCGAUACACAAACCUACCAACAAGGUGGUUGGAGCUUGUAUGGCCGGUCCACAGGGUGUGGACGAGGCUGACCAUCUUUUCGAAGAAUCUGCCAAGGAGGGUGACACGAAAUGGGGCAAAAUUUUGAAAAUGUUGGCGUGCAUUGAACGUGACGCCAAGGUGAGCCAACGAUAUGGCGUGGAAAAAAUCCUCUACAUAAUUGGAACGUGUGUGGAUAGUUCGAUGCGUGGUAAAAAUCUAGGUUCCCGUUUGUAUAAUGCUGUUCGAGAUUUGGGCAAACAGAAGGGCUAUCAAUUGUUGAGAGCAGAUUGUACCAGUUUCUAUUCGGCUCAAAUCAAAGAACGCCUUGGUUGGGAUUGUAUUAAUACGAUUGUGUACAAGGAAUUUGUGGAUGACAAUAACAAACCGUAUUUUAGCCCCCCAGCACCACAUGAUGCCUGUAGAUCAUAUGCUUUGAGAUUGUAA